UAGACUUGUUAAUCUUCAUUUUUCACGCAGCAUUAUGAACCUAUUCGGUGUCUUGAAGUAUAAGAAGAUGGGGGAGGAAUUUCUUCAGAAUUCUGGCUUUCCAUAUACUAUAAUUAAACCUGGAAGGUUGACAGAUGGACCAUACACAUCUUAUGAUCUCAAUACAUUACUCAAAGCAACAGCUGGCCAACGACGAGCUGUCCUUAUAGGUCAAGGAGAUAAACUAGUGGGUGAAGCCAGUAGAAUUGUGGUUGCUGAAGCUUGCGUACAGGCAUUAGACCUAGAAGUCACUGAAAACCAAAUAUAUGAAGUUAACUCUGUUGAGGGUGAAGGUCCUGGAAAUGAUGCUCAGAAGUGGCAAGAAUUAUUCGAGGCCGCGCGCUCUAGCUGACUAGACUUGUAAUUAAAACUUGUAUACAAAUAAAAGUAAUUUAUAUGCAUCAUACAGGGAGUUCAGCUUUACAAU